CGGAGGAGCUGCAACUACGUGUUCGACUUAGCGACGCUUCUGCCAUCUAAGCUGGUGACGAAGACGACAAAGAUGGAACCGGCAGCUAAGCAGCAGCAAGCGGCGCAGGCCAAGGGCGGCAAGACUGCGGUUUUACGAGCUGGUUCGACAGUGAGUGCCAUCGACGGUGCCAAGAAGCGCCGUCGCCGCCGCCGUGAGAGCUACAGCCUUUACAUCUUCAAGGUACUCAAGCAAGUUCACCCUGACACUGGAAUAUCGGGCAAAGCAAUGGCCAUAAUGAACAGCUUCGUGGCCGACAUCUUGGACCGUAUCGGCGAAGAGGCAGCCAAGCUUUCCAUCUGUUCUCACCGCAGCACUAUCACUGCGCGUGAGAUCCAGACCGUGACGCGGCUGCUGCUGCCCGGUGAGUUGGCCCGCCAUGCUGUCUCAGAGGGAACCAAAGCAGUCAGCAAGUACACGUCCUCGCAGCCGGGUUUACCACCACCGGCGCCGCAGCAGUAGGCAGCCCUGAUGUACGUGUCGCACCUUCCAGGCAAACUACCGAAGCGGUGUGUGCUUGUUGUGAACGACACUCGGUGAACUUUUUUUUUGUGUGGAAAGUUUAUUUUUUUGUCUUUGGCAACAUGUAUGUCGGUAAUAAAUGAAUGCAGGCAGUGAGCUGUUAGUUUUUUUAAA